UCCUCUCCAAUCAACAACUCUUCGUCCGACAAAUUCUUUUUCCUUCCAAUUCGUUGCUGUAACAAUUAGUUUUAUAGGUUCUUGUCUGAGGGCUGAGACCAUAAUUUUCAGGCUCCUCGGCGGAACAAAUUCUUUGUGUUUUGUAUUGAUUGAUGCGUGCGCUUUGAUUGUUAAUUUUGUAUACGUUUUCGGAAGGAAAAAUAAUGGAUUCCGCUGCCGUGGUUCUGAAGCAACCCCUGCGUAUUUCAUCUUCUUGCUACUCUGCCUCUCCUUCGAAAGAAUUGAGGACCUUCUCCGAAUCAGUUAUGGUGGGGCGGAGGAGGCCCAGACCUGGAAUCCUGUCGUCUGGGUUUUGUGAUCAAGGUCAUUUGCAGUAUUACAAUUCUAAUUCUGGGCCUUCGUCGUCUCGGGGGAUGACGAUGAUGACUGUAAUGAGUGGAAAGCAAGACAAGACCACAACGGAGAAGGCCCCGAAGAAGAUGAAGAAGAAGAAGCAGUUGAAAUUGCUCAAGGGGCUUUCCAGGGAUUUGUCCACCUUUUCUCAGAUGGGUUUUGGAUUGGAUUCUGAUGUCGCUUUGCUUGAUCAGGUCAAGGGCAAUAUGAUCUCGGAAGCCGCAGAACUUUUAUUAGAGCAGCUUCAGAAGCUGAGGGCGGAUGAGAAGAAACUGAAGAGGAAGAUGAAAGAAGAAAAAGCAAGGUUAAAGGCUGCCAAUAAGCAAAGCGCUCAUAUGGAUUGUGAGAGGUCUUCUAGUUCUUCGUCGGAAUCAAGUGACAGUGAAUGUGGAGAGGUGAUCGACAUGACCGAUCUUAAACGUGCACAGGCAAAGCAAAGUAUCAUGCAACAAGUUAUUGAGGAGGCAACAUCAUCGUAUUCUACUCCAGUUAUGCCAUUAGAAUCCAAUGUCUCAGAAGCGAGGCUAGUAGUGCCCGUCUUUCCAAGCAUCACAAUACCUGAGGAGUCGCAGCUUAGAUCUCCACACAAUGUAGAGAAUGAGUGCUGCUCUGGAACCAGUAGCAGCUUUAUAAACACCGGUAAUUUAGUGGAAGAGAAUGUAAGUAGCCCAAGUUGCUCCAAGAAAAUAGAGGUAUGCAUGGGUGGGAAAUGCAAGAAAUCAGGUGCUGGAGCGCUGCUGGAGGAAUUUCAGAGGGUUGUUGGGAUUGAAGGUGCAGUUUCAGGUUGCAAAUGCAUGGGCAAGUGCAGGGAUGGACCCAACGUUAAGGUAUUACGUGGAUUUGAUGGAGGGGUUGCAGAUGCAGAUGCCGCUGUUAGGGCUCCGGCCAAUUCCUUGUGCAUUGGUGUGGGUUUGGAGGAUGUGAACAUGAUUGUUGCCAAUUUCCUUGGUGAAAAUCAUAAUCAACUUGGCCUUGCUGCUGCUUCGUAGAAGUAGCGUCCAAUCUGUUGAUUGUUUUUUCAGUGAUCAAAUGUAUAGUUUUGCUUGGUAUUUGUUUCUUUAUAGGAGGAACCGCCAAUUUGCUACUUUGUGCUAUAAUUGGAAUUCUUGAUCUUAAAAAUUCAGCCUUUGUGUAAAUUCAUUCA